CCUUUCAACUAGGCAAGAAAUAUCACAGAGCAGAGACAAGUUAUAAUUAUAAUGGGGGGUUGGGCUAUAGCGGUGCAUGGUGGCGCGGGUGUGGACCCUAAUCUUCCACCAGAGCGUCAAGAGCAAGCCAAACAACUCCUCACUCGCGUUCUCAAUCUUGGCAUCUCUGCCCUUCGUUCCGAUGCUUCUGCCCUCGACGUCGUCGAACUUGUCGUACGGGAACUGGAAACAGAUCCCCUGUUCAACUCUGGUCGCGGAGCAGCUCUGACAGAAAAGGGAACAGCGGAAUUGGAAGCAAGCAUCAUGGAUGGUUACAAGAGACGAUGCGGCGCCGUUUCGGGCGUCACCACCGUCAAAAAUCCUAUCUCACUCGCUCGUCUUGUCAUGGAAAAGUCACCCCACUCCUACCUCGCCUUUAACGGCGCUGAAGAUUUCGCCAGACAACAGGGAGUGGAGAUUGUGGAGAACGAAUACUUCAUCACUCCUGAAAAUGUUGGUAUGCUGAAACUGGCAAAGGAAGCAAACACAAUCCUGUUUGAUUAUAGGGUGCCAUUGCAAAAUGGAUACGAUAACUGCGGUGUGGAGGUUGAGAAUCCAUUGCAAAUGAAUGGACUGCCAAUAAGCGUGUACGCGCCGGAGACGGUGGGGUGCGUGGUGGUGGACAGCGAGGGACGGUGCGCGGCUGCCACGUCGACAGGAGGGUUGAUGAACAAGAAGUGCGGUAGGAUCGGUGACUCACCACUAAUAGGUGCAGGGACUUACGCGUGUAAGGUGUGUGGGGUUUCGUGCACUGGUGAAGGAGAAGCUAUAAUACGUGGCACGCUGGCGCGUGAGGUGGCAGCGGUGAUGGAAUAUAAAGGACUGGGACUUGAGGAGGCAGUGGAGUAUGUGAUGGAGCACCGUUUGGAUGGAGGGAAGGCAGGGUUGAUCGCCGUGUCAAGUUCUGGUGAGGUGGCCUAUGGAUUCAACUCUAAUGCAAUGUUCAGGGCAUGCGCCACCCAGGAUGGAUUCAUGGAGGUUGGAAUCUGGGAAUAAAUAAUUCCUUGCUUCAUAAAAAUGUGAAAUAAUUCUAGUAGUCCUUUCUCUCUUUCUCUGCAAAGGAAUUCCCCUCAGUGUGCUCUUAUCCAACAACCACCAAUAAAAACAAAAUACACCAAAUAAACUUUUUAGAAUUUCUAUAUUUGUCACAAGUUAUUAGUGUAUUUUAGCCAAAAAUAUCUCACAAAGAUUUUUCAUUUGCCAUA